UUCCUGCAGGAGCCGGCAGACCAUGGCAUUGGGUGGUAAAGGGAGGUUGGGGUCCAGGGGAAGGCCUCACGCUAGUGGGCCUUUGCCCACAGUGGUCCUCUUGUUGCUGAUGGCGACACCCGGGCAGGCCCAGGACAGCGCCCUGGAGGAAGUAGUGACCGAGAAGCAGGUGGAGGCCAGUCACAGACAGGACAGUGCCAACCUGUUAGUGUUUAUCCUGCUGCUCACCCUCACUAUCCUAACUAUAUGGCUAUUCAAGCACCGCAGGUUCCGUUUCUUGCAUGAGACUGGACUGGCCAUGAUAUAUGGACUGCUUGUUGGUGUUGUGUUACGCUAUGGAAUCCACGUUCCCAGUGAUGUAAGCAACGUGACCAUGAGCUGUGAGAUGCAAACUAGCCCAGCCACCCUACUAGUGAAUGUCAGUGGGAAGUUUUAUGAAUAUACACUGAAAGGAGAUAUUAGCUCAAAGGAACUGAAUUAUGUGCAAGACAAUGAGAUGCUCAGGAAGGUUACAUUUGAUCCAGAAGUUUUUUUCAACAUUCUGCUGCCACCAAUUAUAUUUUAUGCUGGUUACAGCUUAAAAAGGAGACAUUUUUUCAGAAAUAUGGGAUCUAUCCUUGCAUACGCUUUUCUUGGAACAGCAAUGUCCUGUUUUGUUAUAGGGGCUUUAAUUUAUGGCUGUGUUAAGCUGAUGAAGGUGACUGGAACCCUCGGUGGAGAUUUUUUUUUUACUGACUGCUUAUUUUUUGGGGCCAUAAUAUCUGCAACUGAUCCAGUGACUGUCCUUGCAAUAUUUCAUGAGCUACAAGUGGACGUUGAGCUGUAUGCUAUUCUUUUUGGGGAGAGUGUGCUGAACGAUGCUGUUGCCAUUGUAUUGUCCUCGUCCAUUGUAGCCUAUCAACCGGCUGGAGACAACAGUCACACCUUUGACAUCACUGCAAUGUUUAAGUCCAUAGGGAUCUUCCUGGGGAUAUUCAGUGGAUCCUUUGCAAUGGGGGCCGCUACUGGCGUGGUCACUGCACUAGUUACAAAGUUUACCAAACUGCGAGAGUUUCCUCUUCUAGAGACUGGCUUAUUUUUCCUGAUGUCCUGGAGUACAUUUCUUCUUGCCGAAGCAUGUGGUUACACAGGUGUUGUUGCAGUCCUAUUCUGUGGAAUAACUCAGGCACACUAUACCUAUAACAACUUGUCCACAGAAUCCCAGCAACGGACAAAGCAGCUAUUUGAACUGCUAAACUUCUUGGCAGAAAACUUCAUCUUUUCCUACAUGGGGCUGGCACUGUUCACAUUUCAGAAUCAUAUAUUUAACCCAAUGUUCAUAUUUGGAGCUUUUCUUGCAGUUUUCCUUGGAAGAGCUGCUAAUAUUUAUCCACUUUCCUUUCUACUUAAUCUGGGUAGAAGAAACAAGAUUGGGUCAAAUUUCCAGCACAUGAUGAUGUUUGCAGGGCUGCGUGGGGCAAUGGCAUUUGCGUUAGCAAUUCGUGACACAGCCACCUAUGCCAGACAAAUGAUGUUCAGCACAACACUUCUGAUUGUGUUUUUCACAGUGUGGGUAUUUGGUGGUGGCACAACUGCAAUGUUAUCUUGCUUGCACAUAAGGGUUGGUGUUGAUUCAGACCAUGACCAACUGGGAGUUCCUGAAAGUGAAAGAAGAAGCACUAAAGCAGAAAGUGCCUGGCUGUUCAGAUUGUGGUACAGCUUUGAUCACAACUACCUGAAACCACUAUUGACACACAGUGGACCACCUCUAACAGCCACACUUCCUAGUUGCUGUGGACCUAUUGCAAGAUGUCUAACAAGCCCACAAGCCUAUGAGAACCAGGAGCAACUCAAGGACGACGAUUCUGAUCUCAUUUUGACUGAUGGUGAUAUCAGUUUAACGUAUGGAGAUUCAACAGUGAACACAGAGUCCUUAGCUACUGGCAAUUCAAGAAGGGGUGUUGUAAAUAACUCUGAAGAUGCAAUUGACAGAGAGCUGACCAGUGGCGAUCAUGAACUUGUCAUAAGAGGCACACGUCUAGUUAUGGAAGAAUGCGAAGCUCCUGUGAGCCUUCCAGUUAUCAGAAGGCCGAGCCCCAUGUAAACUUUUCAAUCUCCUAUAUUUUCAAAAAAAUACUUUGUGUAUUCUGUGGUAUAGUGUACUACCUAAUGCAUGGCUGUGAUUGUGUGAGCUGUAUAAACGCUAUUUGUAUGGCAUAGGGAAGGUUAACUCCGUUAUUAUUCAUUUUUAUGCCAUUGAUUGUGAAGAUCAAGUUCAUUGUUAACUUUUUUUUCUUCUUCAUUCUGGAAAAUCAUUUCAUUGCACUUUAAGUAAAGCCAUUUAAGAAAGUA